AUCCACGCUCACACGCUCGCGGUGUUUUGUAGUCAGUUAGCAGUUGACAGAACGGGAAGAAUGGGGAAAGAUGACUUUAGGUGUGUUGAAUGUAACGAAAAGGCCCUGGAGUUACACAGGGAUUACAGUCACGGGAUCCUGAAGAUAACAAUAUGUGAGUCGUGCCAGAAGCCAGUGGAUAAGUACAUUGAAUAUGACCCAGUUAUCAUCCUGAUUGAUGCCAUUUUGUGCAAGACGCAGGCUUUCAGACACAUUUUGUUCAACACAACCUUGAAUAUCCACUGGAAGUUGUGUGUGUUCUGCCUGCUGUGUGAGGCUUACCUCCGGUGGUCCCUGCUCCACGGCUCCGAGCGGAGCAGUGACCCUGCUGACAUCAUCAGGUACACCAAGGAAUGGGAGUUCUACGGCAUGUUUGGAUUGGCCGCCCUCGAGCUGUCGGCGUUCUGCGGCGGCGCGCUGUGGUUCCUCUGGGCGGUGGCGGGGCGUCUGCACGGCGGGACCCUGGAGCUCAGCCUGCUCCUCAGAGCCCUGCUGCUGUCCUGCUACGGCAAGGUCCUCCUCAUCCCCGCCGUCAUCUGGGAGCACGACUACUCGCCGCUCUGUCUGGGCCUCAUCAAACUGUUUGUGCUCACCUCCAACUCGCAGGCUAUCAGAGUGAUCCUGAACAGCAGUAGGCGUCUGUCACUGAUGGCCGUGUGCUUAGGCCUGCUGUCGGAGACCUGCGUGGCUCAGGCCUAUAAAAGGCUUCCGUGGAGCAUCCAGGACCUGCUGACGUUUGAAUGAACGAGACAAAUGUCCGUCACCGCAGGAAGCGACGAGUGAUCGCGAGAGGCCGGUUUUUAAAUGAGCACUCUACACGAAUGUUAUUAUUUAUAUUUGUAUGUACUCUUUAUAGAGAAAAAGAUCCACCUUCACUUUUGGAAAGAUGACGAGGAGUUGCUGUUUUUCAUUUUGUAUUCUCAAGACUUUUUAGUGGGAUUUUGUACGUGAUUUGAUGACUUUAUUGAGCCAGACGUACGGAGAGGAGCUCUGGCACGGGAGCGCCCCCUGAUCUGAAUCACCGUUUCUCAGCGUCCCUCUCAAACGCACACCCAGAGGUUGUAUUUUGACAAGAACUACUUCUCUGUUUGGACAGGACCCAGACGGCACUCUUCACAUUCUUUUGGCUCAUUGGUGAAAUGCUGAUCUGAACUCUCUCACAUACACACACACACACACACACACACGCGCGCGCGCGCACACGCACGUAUGUUGAAUUUUGAGAAUGAAAUGGGGUUAAGUGAAUAAAUAAAGCAGACAGACUUUA